AGGUCGGUUACGUCAAAUUCAUGGCGCCAACCAAAACAAACAUUAGCAGUUGUCCAACAGUGCUUUGUUUCUACUGUUGUUACUGAUAUUUUGGUGUAAGUAUUGAACGUUACUGUGAGCAGAAAUGUCUGGGAAGGCAAAGGAAAUCCUGCAAAUGGACCUUUAUGGUUUGCUUGGAAUUGAAAUCACUGCUACAACGAAGGAGAUCAAGAAAGCGUAUCGACAGAAAGCUCUGACAUGCCAUCCAGACAAGAACCCAGACAACCCAAAAGCAGCUGAGCUCUUUCACCAGUUGUCCCAGGCUCUGGAGGUGCUUACUGAUGCUGCUGCCAAGGCCGCCUAUGACAAGAUUUGCGCUGCCAAAAAACAAGCGGAGGAACGAAACCGCAAACUUGAUGACAAAAGAAAGAAGAUUAAGCUCGACCUUGAAGCAAGAGAACGACAAGCAGAGGCUCAAACCCAAGAUGAAGUGCAAAUCACAAGAACACUCGAAGAAGAGAUAGCUCGUUUGAGGGAGGAGGGCUCCAGACAACUUGAAGAAGAACAGAGGCUCAUCAGGGAGCAGAUCCAAAAAGAAAGAGAAACACAGCAGAACUCCGACUACACUCAGAGAAACUUUGGUGGAGAGAGAUGUUCCAGGAGCAACAUCACCCCAAAACUGAAGUUGAAGUGGAAGUGUAAAAAAGACGACGAGACAAAUGGAGGCUACUGUCAAGAGUUCAUUUUUAAACUUCUACAAAAGUACGGAGAUGUUCUGAAUGUGAUUAUAUCAAGUAAGAAGAGAGGAAGCGCUGUGGUGGAGUUUGCAACUGUGAGGGCAGCUGAGCUGGCAGUGAAGAAUGAAAGUGGCCGGAGUGAAAACCCAUUGAAGAUUUCCUGGCUUGAGGGACAACCGGAAGUUGCCCCUGCUUCUCACUUCAUGUCUGCACAGGGCUCUCUAUCCAAUGAGCGUGACUAUGAAAGCGUGGUCAUGAUGAAGAUGAGGCAGGCGGCUGAGCGUCAGCGGCUCAUCGAACAAAUGCAGAAGGAGGAUGAGGAAGACGAAACCAUAUCCUAGCGCUGGAGGACCUGGCUCGGUACUAUCCCGCGGCCAGUAAACGCAACACCUACUUUAAGGUUAUUUUCAUAAGACCAUUAUUUGCUUUGUUGUUAUGUGUCUAAUCAAGUCUUUAACAAUUAAAUCAUGU